AUGUGGCUGGGAAGUUCCGGGGUUUCUCUUUCCCUGCUUUCCGUGGCUCGCCCUGUGUUUAGAAGGCUCACCUUUGCCUGGCUGCCUGGAAGUCGCCGUGGCUGUAGGUCGAUGAUGGCAAGUGAUGAGUGCGAGGUUCCCACUCGGGACGCCAGAGACCCCGGCUGCCCAGAGGAGCCGCAGGUGCAGCCACUUCAGGGAGGUGUUGAGGCGGGAAGGGAGCAGCGGCCUCCGGCCGGGGAGAAAGAACAGGCUCCAGUUCCGGUCUUGGCCCGAAGCUCGGGCGGGCGGAAGAAGCGGCGGGGCCAGGUCAGCGGGGAGCGCUUCGUGCCGCCCCCGAAGAAGCGGCGGGCUGGGGUCAGCUUCAGCGACCAUCACUUCGCCGAAACCAGCUACUAUUUCGAAGGCGGGCUGCGCAAGGUGCGGCCUUACUACUUCGACUUUGAGACCUAUUGCAAGGGCCGCUGGGUGGGCCGCAGCUUGCUCCACGUCUACAGUACCGAGUUUCGUGCCCACUCUCUAGCUUAUUAUGAGGCGGCCGCCCAGGCUGGCCGCCUGCGCCUCAACGAGCAGCCUGUGCGAGACCUCGGCGUUAUCCUUAAGGACAAUGACUUCCUCCGGAACACCGUCCACAGACAUGAGCCCCCUGUGACUGCAGAGCCUAUCCGUCUCCUAGCUGAGAAUGAUGAUGUAGUCGUGAUAGACAAGCCCUCCUCCAUGCCCGUUCAUCCUUGUGGUCGCUUCCGCCAUAACACUGUCAUCUUUGUCCUGGGCAAGGAGCACCAGCUUAAGGAGCUGCACCCUCUGCAUAGAUUAGACCGACUCACCUCAGGAGUGCUCAUGUUUGCCAAGACGGCUGCUGUCUCCGAGCGUAUCCAUGAACAAGUUAGAGAUCGACAGUUGGAGAAAGAAUAUGUGUGCCGGGUGGAAGGAGAAUUCCCUUCGGAAGAAGUCACCUGCAAGGAGCCCAUCUUGGUAGUGUCCUACAAAGUGGGACUGUGCCGUGUGGACCCUCGGGGCAAGUCCUGUGAAACUGUGUUCCAGAGGCUAAGUUACAAUGGUCACUCUAGUGUGGUACGCUGCCGGCCUCUUACUGGCCGCACACAUCAAAUCCGAGUACACUUGCAGUUCUUGGGCCACCCUAUCAUCAAUGACCCCAUCUAUAACACAGCAGCUUGGGGCCCUGCCCGGGGCCGGGGUGGCCAUAUUCCCAAGACUGAUGAUGAGCUACUACGGGACCUGGUGGAAGAACACCGGGCCAAACAGAGCCUGGAUAUUCUGGAUCUCUUUGAAGGGGACCUACCCCCAGAUCUUAAACCUCCCUCAGAUCCCCUUCUCAAGCAAGACUUGAAAGAGCCAAAGGCAACCACAAGAGACCCAGAGGAGCCAAACCAAACAGCCCCCCUUGAUUUGAACACCAAAGAGGUGACCCCUGGGGAGGCAGCUGGUUCAGGGCUUAAGGAAAGAGAGAUAGAUCCUCUCUGUGAUGAAUGCCGGUUGGUGAGACAAGAUCCCUUGCCUCAGGAGCUGGUAAUGUACCUUCAUGCCCUACGUUAUAAAGGACCUGGCUUUGAGUAUUCUUCACCCAUGCCUGCUUGGGCACAAGAUGAUUGGAAAGAAGACUAAGGGAGUCAGUGGGGAGCCACUGAAGAUUCUUGAGCAGAA